ACUGUUCAUGAAGGACGGAUUUAUCAACUCAAGCUAUUCUGUGGACAGGAUUAUCCUGAUAAUCCUCCCAGCGUGAGAUUUCAAACUCGGAUUAAUAUGACCUGUGUCAAUCCAGAAACUGGUGUGGUGGAACCAAGCCUUUUUCCCAUGCUUUCUAAUUGGCAAAGGGAGCAUACAAUGGAGGACAUAUUAAUGCAGUUGAAGAAAGAAAUGACUUCUCCCCAGAACAGGAGA